CUUUGAGCAAUAUUAUAAUUCUGCACAGAUAUUAUCAAAUUGUUGAUUAUUAUUAACUCUGUAUAAAAUCAACUUUUGAAACUAUGGAUUCCUCAAUUGAGAAGGACAAUAAUUUGACAUUUAUUCAAUCCAUGGAAGAAACUUAUGUGAAAGAUUACACAGAAGUAGAAGCUGAAGAUUACUUCAGGUACAUGGACAGGACAGAUAAAAAUAGAAAGAAAUCUACUGCAAAUACAACAGAAGAAUUAGAAGAUAAUCUGCAAAAUCUUUAUGUAGAAGAUCUAGCUAAAGUCUAUCGAGAAUGCAGUUUUACUUACAACCCAAAAUCUAAUGAUCUAUCUAUUCUAUCCAUAAAGGAUAAGAUACUCUCAAUAAUUGAGACAAAUUCAGUAGUCAUUAUUCAAGGACCAACUGGCUGUGGAAAGACCACUCAGAUUCCACAAUUUAUUCUCGAUGUUAAUAUUAAGAAGAGACUUAAUUGCAAUAUUAUAGUGACUCAACCAAGACGAAUUGCUGCUAUAAGUAUCGCCAAAAGAGUGAGUCAAGAAGGAAAUUGGCGUCUUGGUAGCCUUGUAGGCUACCAGGUGGGUAUGCAAAAGGAAAUCUCAAAUGAAACCCGUUUAACUUACUGCACCACUGACAUUCUCCUUCAACAUUUGAUUUACAAUAAACACAUGUUGGAUUAUACUCACAUUAUAUUAGAUGAAAUUCACGAACGUGAUCAAAAUUUGGAUUUUCUUCUACUAGUUGUUAAACGAUUGUUGCAAGCAAAUUCUGGACAAGUCAAGGUUAUUCUCAUGUCAGCAACAAUUAAUGUAAUAAAAUUUGCGAAAUAUUUUUCUACAAUAGUAGAAAAUGAAUUGAUCCCGGCACCAAUUAUCAAGAUUCCUGAGAAGAAAAAUUUUGAAGUGUGUACAUAUUAUUUGGAUGAGAUAAAAAAUCUAGGAAUCAUACCAGAAGUAUCUGCCAUGGAACCAAAGGUCACUGCAGAGAUGCUCCAUUUUUGUUCACUUAUUAUCAACGCUCUAGAUCAAAUUGAUAUAAAUGAUAACGAACGAAAUUCAAAUUUACCUCAGAGACAUACCGUUCUUGUAUUUUUACCAGGAAUUUAUGAAAUUGAGGAAUUAUAUAAUUACUUGUCGUCAACUUAUCAUAAAAAUAAAUUAUGGGAUCUAACAAUUUUGCAUUCAUUGGUUUCUGAUGAUCACGAACAGCAUCGUGUUUUUGAAAAGCCACCGGAAGGUUACAGACGCAUCAUACUUUCUACAAAUAUUGCUGAAAGCAGUAUUACCGUGCCAGAUGUAAAAUAUGUGAUAGAUUUUUGCCUUGUAAAACUAUUGGCAUUUGAUCCCGAGACUCAUUAUCAAAAUUUGCAACUAUGUUGGGCGAGUAAAACAAAUUGUAUACAACGAGCUGGUCGCACGGGACGUGUAAUGGAUGGCAGAGUGUAUAGAUUAGUACCAAAAGCAUUUUACAAUUGUUUGGAUGAAUACAGUAUACCAGAAAUACUUCGCGCUCCGCUCGCUAAUGUCGUCCUCCGAGCCAAAAUCCUUGAUAUCGAUGAGCCACGUAUUCUUCUUUCACAUUCCCUUGAUCCACCUACUUUGUCUAAUUUGGCAAAUACAAUUUUGAGCUUAAAAGAAAUCGGGGCCUUAGUAGACGAAGGCGAUUCUUUUCAAAUGUUUGAUGGAAAUUUAACCGAUCUUGGUAGAAUAAUGGCGAUUCUUCCACUCGACAUUCGAAUUUCGAAAUUGAUUAUGUUGGGCCAUAUUUUCGGAGUGUUGAGAGACGCUAUUAUUCUGGGUGCCAGCAUGGCUGUUAAGGAUAUCUUCUCUUUGGAGCAAUGCCAUCCCAGUGUUUCUUCUUAUACGACUCGAAAAAAAUGGGCCUAUGGUUCUAAUAGUGACUCUAUUGCUACAUUAAAUGUUUACAAAAUGUGGCAAAAUGAAAAAGCGAAUCGUCGAUUAAAUUCUUAUCAAAUGGAGAAACAAUGGGCUCAGAGAAAUGGAUUCCAGAUAAAAGCUUUGCGUGAAUUAGAUGCUCUGGUAAAUGAAAUCACCAUAAGAUUACUGAAGUUCGGAAUUAAAGAGAGUAUAGGAGUAAAUAAAGUCAUCUGGUCAGAUGCAGAUCGUGAUUUCGUGCUUCAAGUUGCUAUUGUUGGAGCUUUUUAUCCUAAUUAUUUUAUCAAACGUUUACAAAAUCGAGAAAUUUAUAAAGAAAAUAUUACAAUGACCUUGGGUUCUUUGGAUCCUAUGAAAACAGUUUAUUUAAGAGGUUGGCCAAUAAAACAGCCUGGAUACUUGUAUGCCAAAAGAUUGCAGAAGAUUUUUGCCAAACAUCAAGGGAUUCUAGAAAAGCAAAUAGAAGUAUCUUUUGAUGGACAACGUGUUUAUGUGCAUUUUCACAACAAGGAAAUUGUUGACGAUAGUCUUCAAAAUAUAUCAGAGUUUGUUUAUCAGGCUAUCAUGAUGAGACAGUGCAAUGUUCCAAUCGAAAUAAAAUUAUUGAGCUUAAAAGAGGCAAAUGAAAGGGCGAGAUGUUAUAAUUUCUAUAAAUUUGAGCGGAGUGUUUUUUUUAACAAAAAUUUGAAGAAGGUAGAGAAUAAUGUUCCUAAAAUCAGACCAAAUUUGCCAGGUCUUGAUGUAACAUUUACACCUCUGCUUAUACAAACUAUUAUUAGCCCUGGAUCUUUCUGGGCAACUGUUGAUGAUGAUGUUACUCGUAAUGAAUUACGAGUUAUAAAAGAAAUUCUUAAUAAACGCCCCUUAAAAAAAUUUCUCUCUAUCCGAAAAAUCUCAACCAUAAUUGCUGCUCCUAUAGAAAAAAACGGUUCUUUGGCUUACCAUCGUGCCAUAAUCAAGGAAUAUAUUUCAGAAAUCGGAGAAUUGAUCGAUGUUUUCUUUAUCGAUUAUGGGCUUUCCUCGAGAAUACGAUUUAGUGAUCUAAGAGAAAUUAAUAAUACUACAAUUUUAGCAAUUCCACCCUUAGCAUUUCGUUGCAAUUUGGCUUUUUUGCGACCUUCGAAUCAACACAAUUAUCAUGGUCAAUGGUCAGAAAGAUCAAAAAAUUAUUUUAUGACACAAAUUAAGAAGAAUAAUAAGACAUAUGGAAAAAUUUAUUCGAUCGUUGAUAGCGUUAUUAAUUUAGAAUUGAUCGUUGUUAAUAAGAAAGAGGAAGAAUUAAAUAUUAAUGAAGCUUUAAUUGAAAAAGGAUAUGCUAUAAAGAGAGAGGAAAACUGUAUGUCACAGCAUAAUCAUGAAUUAAGAGCAAACAUUAGUAACAUUAUUGCAAUGUCGGUAGAAGAGAAACAGUUUUACGAAGAGGAACAAUAUGACAAACAUGAAUUAAUGGAAUACCCUACACCACCUAAAGAAGAAGAUUGUCACUUCUGCAUAAAACUCCAAGGUCCAAUUUCUCCCUUAGAAAUGGAAUUGGUGCAGUUGACGUCAGGUGGAAGAUUGAAAAAAAUAAAUGUAGAUAUGAAAUCCGUCAAUUCUGUCCUUUUGGAUGAUGAUCUUAAUCAAUCAAGACGUCUUUUAGUUGCCCAGAGCACCACUCAGUCGAAUAAAAAUUGUCUAACACUGAGAAAUACAACUUUCUUGCCAAAUAUUCCUGGACUCGCGGCACUGCUCAUACUGAGUUUUGCACCGCGUAUGGAAUUGAGAUGUAAUUCUCGCAGGACUUAUUAUACAGGGGCUUUAUGUGGUUUGGGUCCGAAAGAUAAAUUCACUGAUCGGUCUAUAUUUCCUGAUCAUGAUAUAGAAAUUCAAUUUGACGUAGAAAUCACGAUAGAUGAUGUAAAAGAGAUAAAUAAAUUACGCCAUUGGAUGAAUACUGCAAUGCAACUAAAUGAUUCCAAUGAUGAGGAUAUCAUACUUUAUCAAAACAAAAUCAAACGCAUUUUGCUUGAACUAAGAGAGAAACAAAGACGGUUACGAAAUCCAGAAGAUGGCGAGGUUGAUGAUCUUAGCGAUAAGUGGAAUCGCUAUAACGGACUACAUUUUAUGCCAUCUGUUCGAGAAAAUGUGAGAAAAGGCAAUAUAUAUCCAUUACAUGAGGCGUUAGAAUUACGUGAAACAAAUGAACAAAUGGAAGAAAUGCUGGAGAAUCUAUCACAAUUACAAAGUCUUGCCUAUGAAGAUGCAAGUGUAGUAGGAAACGUGGCUGCUUUUUGUAAAUUAUGUGAAAUGAAAACGGUUGGCCUAUUGCAGCUACGCACUCAUCUUUAUUCGGAGCAACAUGUGGAGAAAGAGACAUUGUUGCGUCGUCAACUACAUUGGGAGAUUACAAUAUAAUCUUUCUAAUUUGGAAUUUUUCAUCAAUCUCUUAUCUCAAAACACAGGAAAACGUUCCUGCGCAUUAUUUUUUUACUUAUCUCAUUCUAUAUGAAUUAUUAACAAUUAAUUAAUUAUACAACGAAUGUAAAUGAAAACAGAAUUCUGAUUUAGAGACAUUGUCCCAGGAUAUAAAAGAAUAUUCAUUAAGUA